AUGUUAUCAAGCUCACAAAAAUCCCAAGUUUACAAAAGAACUUCAUAUUUGACUGAAUCAGGUUCUUUACCCAUUACAGCCAGACCUUAAUCAUCCUACGUUAGCACAUUAGAAAAGAAGGAACUUAGAAGAUAUCCUACUGAAUGGGCUGAAUAGGUUGACAAUAAAACAGACAACAGGUUUCAUCACGUGAUCCUCAAUUAGAGUAAGGCUGAGCACAAUCCUAAUUUGGCAUCUCCUAGUAAAAUAUUUGGAUUGACAGAAAGUCGACGAUUGAACACACAAAAUGACGAUUUGCUCUCAGCUUUCAGAAGAAAAAAUUAAUCUUUAAGCAAUUUGGGAAAUUGGUAAUUCAAUAGCACUCCCGUGGCUAAUCAAUCCUAAAAUACGUAGAGCAAAGCUUCAACAACUUCGAAACCAUAACCCAUGUUAACUAGAAAGUUGGAUUAGUCUGUUCCUCUUAGAGAUUUACUCGAAUUAUCAAGAUAAUUAGAUUAGGCCUCUCCAGAAGAGAUAUAAUAAUUAUCGAGAGGAUAUGUUAAUGAGCUCGUCCAAUUAUAAUAAACCAUCACAAGAUCCUUAAAAUAUGUUUCAAGAUGAGAUAUAUAUAUUAAUAUUAAGCUAAUCAGAAUAUUAUUA